ACUUUCCUUUUGUAGUGGAGAGGAGAGAUAGAGAGAAACUCCAAAAAUAUAAAUUGCUGACAUCCUCCCGUUUUCGUGUUUAGAUAUUAAACAAAAAAAAAAAAAACUCAUUUCUUUUUGUUGGCCGAGAAAAUUUCCAAUGUUCCCGGUCACAAGUCGCCGCCACUUCACAUCCUCCCUAUAUAUGCUCCGUUCAUCUUCUCCACACAACCAUCUCCUCUACUCUUCCUCCUCCUCAUCUUUCCUCCCUUCCUUCAUCUCCUCCAAAUCCAAAUCCUCCUCUUCAACCAACAAACACAACCAACAACCUCCUCCUCCAAUGGCCGCGUGCAUCGACACGUGCCGAACCGGUAAACCACAGAUCUCACGUGACUCAAACCGGUCCCACGACGACGAAUCCGGUUUCCGUUACUCCAAUUACUACCGAUCCGGUUAUCAUCAAUCCAUCAACGCUACUGCUACCCAGACCAAAACCAUACACACCCGUCCUCUCAUCGAAGACCUCCCAAACGACGACGUAUGGGCCAAGAUCCGACAAGAAGCCAAAUCCGACAUCGAGAGAGAGCCAAUCGUCUCCGGCUACUACCACGCCUCGAUCGUCUCCCAACGCUCUCUCGAAGCCGCCUUAGCCAACACGCUCUCCGUCAAGCUCAGCAACCUAAACCUCCCGAGCAACACGCUCUUCGAUCUCUUCAACGGCGUCCUCGAACAGAACCCUAAGAUCGUCGAGUCCGUUAAGCAAGACCUCUUAGCCGUCAAGGAACGUGACCCGGCCUGCAUCAGCUACGUCCACUGCUUCCUCCACUUCAAAGGCUUUUUAGCCUGCCAGGCCCAUCGAAUAGCCCACGAGCUUUGGGCCCAAAACCGAAAGGUUCUUGCUCUGCUGAUCCAGAACAGAGUCUCCGAAGCCUUCGCGGUUGAUUUCCACCCCGGGGCCAAGAUCGGGACGGGGAUUUUGCUGGAUCACGCGACGGCGAUUGUGAUCGGGGAGACGGCGGUGGUGGGGGAUAAUGUUUCGAUUCUUCAUAACGUGACGCUUGGAGGCACGGGGAAGCAGUGUGGGGAUAGGCACCCGAAGAUCGGCGACGGGGUGUUGAUUGGAGCUGGGACGUGUAUCUUGGGGAACAUCACGAUUGGUGAAGGGGCGAAGAUUGGGGCUGGGUCGGUGGUGUUGAAGGAUGUGCCGCCGAGGACGACGGCUGUGGGGAAUCCGGCGAGGUUGCUUGGUGGGAAAGAUAAUCCGAAGAAGCAUGAUAAGGAUCCUGGUCUGACUAUGGACCAAACCUCGCAUAUAUCCGAGUGGUCGGAUUAUGUUAUUUAAAGUGUUUUGUAUUUUGUUGUUUAUUCCAUAAUCAGAUGAUUUGUCUUUGUAAGAUAUUUGUCUGAUUAAGUUUAAACUCGGAAACUCUAAAACGAUGUGUAGUUUGAGUUUCAUGUGGUUCGUUUCUGAUUAGCAGAGACUAUGUUUAGUAUGUAUGUUUGUUGGGAAUAAACUGAAAGUUUAUCAUUUAAUUA